UUCAUGCGCUAAUAGCAAUUAAGUAAAUGUUUGCGGUUGCGGGCUGUUUCUCCGAUUGACACGUACUUCCUUUGUCUCUCACAUUCCAUAGCUUUGAGAAUAUCAGAAGAUGAAAGAUUAAAAAGAGCCAAUGCAAGAAAAGAAAAGGGAUUAUGGGUAAAGCGCUGAGUUUCUGAAGACUGAAGAGGAAUCUAGUUCUUCUUGGUUGGUCCAAUUUGCUGUUUCCUUAGAAUUAGUUUGGAAGGCGGAUAACUGUUGAAUGCCUUAUGGUAUGCUUUUGGUGAAGACAUUGUGAACACAGAAAGUUAGUAAUAUCAGACAUGGAAUGCUUACAUCCUGAAAAGAAGGUUAAGAGAAUUAUUUGGAAGCGGUCCAAGGAGAAACCGAAUGGGGAAGACUCUGCUGAAAAUGGUAUGUCAUUGAUAAAGAUGGAAGGUAAUGUGAAAAAGAGGGCCCAUUCCGAUCCAAUGACCAGUGAUUUAGACAGGCAGUACAUGAUGUCCCUUCUCCCUCUUCCCAACUUGGAAGAAUGUAACUCGGGGGUCCCUAUUGUCUUGACUGGAACAGCAUGCAAAGGGGCAACUGGACCACCUGUUGGAGUGGUUGAUAUUGGUGUUAGCGAAUCUGCGUACUAUUUUCGUAUUGCCCUACCUGGAGUCAAGAAAGACCCUGGUGAGUUCAGCUGUGAGAUAGAAAAAGAUGGUAAGGUCCUUAUUCGAGGAUUGACGUCAACUGGUGGAAGAAUUGUCUCAAGAUAUUCUCGGGUCUUUGAUAUGAAAAUUCAGCAACAAUGCUCAUCUGGACCUUUCACUGUCUCCUUUAGUUUGCCCGGGCCUGUCGAUCCUAGGUUGUUUUCACCAAACUUCAGAUCUGAUGGCAUUUUUGAAGCUGUUGUUGUGAAAUACGAAAUGUAGCUGGCAAUGUGUAGAUAAUCAUUGAAGCCAGAAUCCACCACAGAAAGCUGUUUCACUGAAGUUCCUUAAUAUGGAUUAGUGCUGACUAAUGUGCUGUAUGUACUAACUUGUAGGUUGUUGUAUGGUUCAGAUAAUGACAUGUAAGUUCCUUAAUAUGGAUUAGUGCUGACUAAUGUGCUGUAUGUACUAACUUGUAGGUUGUUGUAUGGUUCAGAUAAUGACAUGUAAGUUCCUUAAUAUGGAUUAGUGCUGACUAAUGUGCUGUAUGUACUAACUUGUAGGUUGUUGUAUGGUUCAGAUAAUGACAUGUUUCACCAUGUAAAUACAGUUAACUGCAGUUCAAAUGA